GUCAAAGAAAAAAGAAAGGGAACGCUCCCUUUUGUGCUCCAGCGCGCCGCCGCCUUCUCCCGCCGGAGCCGCUCGACUCCUCCUAGAGCGCGCCAGCCCGCUGCCGCCGCCUCCCGCCGGAGCUGCUCGCCUCCUCCUCGCGCGCACCCGCCGGAGCCGCCUCACCCUACCCGCCGCUGCCUGCUUCCCUGCUCGCGCCGCGCCGCGCCGCGAUGGAGAGGAAAGAGAGGCGGGUUCUGCACUUCUGCUCCCCCUACCCCGCUGACUCCUCGCGCGCGCCGGCGCGCGGGCCGGACAUCCGGGUGCCGCCCGCCGGAAAGGGGAUAUGAGGUGGCGGAGAGUCUUGCUAGGAGGAGAGGGGGCCAUUGGAGGAGGGCUGGAGGUCGCUGCGCAUGGCCCGUCAGCAUCGGCGAGGUUGGCUGGGCAAGAGGCGAGCGCCAACAGAGGUGCCGGGGAGGAGCAGGCCGCCGGCGCGGUCGUAGGAGAGGGUGCCGACUGGAGGGAUGCGCUGGAACGAGGGCACAGGACUAGGGCCGUUGGACAUCAUUCAUGCUAGCAAAUAAGGACACCAGCAACACCAGCAACAGUGAUCUCCAUUGGAUGUCCCGUCUCUUAGCUGGUCGUCAAUGAUACAACCAGGUCACGCAUGAGGUAGCAGUCCCCUCCAACCCAGUUGCUGAAGACUUGUCUCAUCUGGUUUCAUUGAUGCGUGCGAGUGAGGCACAUGCUGUCCAGGUCAAGUAAAACAUCAGCUUAUGAGAUCUGAAAGCAACAAAAGGGUACCAACUUUACACCCAUGUAAAAUACAGUGAUUUCAGUCCGUUCUAUGUAGCUAUUUUGAUUUCUUCACCUUCACACUCUUAUGAGAGCUGAAAGCUAUAAGUAGGGUACCAACUUAAUACCCAUCAGAAAUCCACAGAUUUAUGUCCUUUGUUUUAUCAACUUAGACUUUGUUUCAAUAGAGGACAUCAAGUUUGUGCUAGAAAUGAUAAACACCAACUGGAUGGCCAUGUGGGACAUCAAGAACAUCAUACAAGCACCUCACCAGCACAUGGCUAUGAUCAAGAGGGGUUUGCUAGAGACCUAGAGUAAAUCCAUUGAACUUUGUUGAACUUUAAUUUUUAAUCCGCGUGUACUGGCUCUAUAAACAGUGAAGAUGGAUUUGCUGGGCAUGAUCCUAUUACACGGUUUGAGUUUUUCUUGCUCCUACUUACCAUAAUCUACAUCAAGUGAAAUAUUUCCUGAAAUUUGCUUUUUGGUUGGUAAAAUAUUGCAAGGUGACGAACUAGACUUUGAGUGGCCCCUGGUAAUUACUUAUGAAAUCAUUUAAAAUUCGGGCUAUUUUCAUACUGCAGCUUGGCGUUUGCUAUCCGUUUAAUAUGCUUGAUAAAUGAACUUGAAUUAGUACAAGUGGAUCUUUAGAUUUGUAUGUAGAAGGUCGAGAUGUUUGCAAAUGGCAUAUGAGUUCUAUUUUGGAACAUUACGUCAUUACCUUGUCACUGUAUCUUCUGAUUGAAUUGAGUGAUCUAGAAUUUAGUUCAUACUGUGGAAUAUGGAUAGCUCUAGAAAUUGAUUUUUGUUUAGUCCAUUUAUUUUAAGCUAUUUUUUAAGUUUAUUCUCAAAAUAUUUAAUUUAUAGUAGAUAAUCCAUAAUAAUAAUUAGCUUAAUAAUCUAAAUCAAACGGGGCCUAAAUGAUAAUAAUUCACACCGUGUAAUGCAUAUGCUCUCAACCACCUUCUUGUAAAAUGCAUGGAAGCUCACCAAAAGCUGUUUUCAAAAAAAUUCUCUCUUGUAAAUGAUUGUGAUAUUUAUGUUUUUCGAGAUGAUGAAUAUAAUUGGUGGAUUGGCUCGAGAAUGUUUUUUAUUUCCUUUGACAGGAACAAUCCGUGUCUUGCAAGACAGGCACUACGUCAACAAGUUAAAUAAUUUCCUUGGUGUGGUACUCUUUGAAAACGUUAUUACUGUAACAAAAGCUCACGCGCACCUUCUCCUCUCCGCCAUGGCCGCCGCUCGCUGCCUCCCGCUCCGGGCCUCGCCGCCGGAGGUCGCCAAGGCCUUCUCCUCCUCCAUCCCUGCCUCCUCCUCCUCCUCCUCCUCCUCUUCCUCCACCACCACCGCGGCCGCCUCUCUCCCUCUCCGCGCCGCCGUUCCCCCGAGCUCCGGCCGCCGUAUCCCGCCGCUCCGGUGCGCCUCCUCCUCCUCGUCGUCGCAGGGCUCCGCGUCGCCGGAUAUCGCCGUGCUCCUCGAAGUGGAAGGAGUUCUUGCAGAUGUGUAUCGCUUCGGCAAUCGCCAAGCUUUCAAUGUAGCAUUUCAAAAUCUUGGGCUGGAUUGUGCAAAUUGGACAGAGCCAAUAUAUGCUGAUUUAGUGAGGAAAGCUAGUGGCGACGAGGAAAGGAUGUUGUUAUUAUUCUUCAACAGAAUUGGGUGGCCUACUUCUUUGCCAACUAACGAGAAAGAAUCAUUUAUGAAAAGUGUUCUUCGUGAAAAGCUGAAAGCUUUGGAAGUGUUCUCAGCUUCUGAUAGCUUACCACUGCGGCCUGGAGUUGAACAGUUCAUUGAUGAUGCGCUUAAUGAGGGUGUGCCUGUCGCCAUAUUGACAACAUACGGGAGAAAUGGAGAGAAAACUUCAAGAUAUAUCAUUGAAAAAUUAGGCCAAGAGAGAACAUCAAAAAUACAUAUUGUUGGGAAAGAAGAGGUUGAAAGAAGCUUAUAUGGACAACUUGUUCUUGGUGAAGGAGUAGCCUCCAGUUUGGAUGAACAGCUAGUUAAGGAAGCACAAAAGGCUGCUUCUGCAGAAAAGCAGAGGAUAGCAGAAGAAGUUGCGUCCAUUCUGAAACUUAGUGUUGAUAUCAAUGCAGCGUCUAAAAGCUCCGAGAAGAUUAUUGUCACUCUACGCGCUGGAUCCGAGUAUGUUGGACGGGACGUGCAAAACUGUGUUCUUGUCGCAGGUAGCCAAUCUGGCGUUCUUGCAGCUGAGCGCAUUGGUAUGCCAUGCAUAGUUGUUAGAAGCAGCCUAACCGCCAGAGCUGAGUUUCACUCUGCGAAGGCCGUCAUGGAUGGAUUUGGUGGUACUGACUUGACCAUAUCGAAACUAUUGAGCAAGAAGUGGUCUUGACAACUCGGCACUACAUUGGAGUUGCCUGCUACUAGUUUGAAUUUGUAUGUAACCCAUGGAUUGGGUAUAUGUUACAACCAAAAUGAGGCCUCUAUGUAGUACAUUGCAGAAAGAAAACUAUGAGAAGCACAAGCUACUUCAGGCAUCAUUUUUUUUUUGGGAACAGAAAAUGUACUGAACUCGCUGUACUUGGACGAGGCAAUUGAACUCAUUGUCUGGUUUGGUCUUUGCAUAAAAGUGAGUAAUAAGAUGGUGAUUUUUCAUCAGCAUUUCAAAA